AUGGUGUUUAUUCUUCAGAGCCAAGCUUCUAAGAACUGUGACAUUCAGGACUGGCGUCCACGGCAUAUGCUAAUGCUGAGGGCCAACGAGCUAGCAGUUUUCGAAAUAACCUCCAACUUCAACGAAUAUAACACAUUGGGGCUGGUUUGCAUAACUCAGAAGAGUGAUUUGAGUCUUCUGGACAAAUUGGCCCUGGACUACGACCAAAUGCGGCAAGAACGAGUCAUUCUGUGGAUGCAAGUUAAUGUCACGGGUAACUUACUCAGAAAGAUAAGCAAACAAUUGGAGAAACAUCACUUCACCAAAGUCCUUCUGGUGGAAAUCGUAAAUCGUAAAAACGUGACCUACAAUAUCCAUCGCCUGAACGCCUUUCCCAAAGCAAAAUUCGAGCGAAUUGAUAACUUAUCUCAAGUCGGUGACAUCUAUCCCAGAAGCUUGACAAAUUUUCAGGGCAGAAAUACUCUGGUUCUGCCCAAAAAGAACGCCUUUUUCAAAAGCAACGUGAGUUAUGGGCCAAAGAAAUACUUUCCCAUCAGCACAAGUGACGAUAUUCUUAUAAUUGAGUUUGCUCGGAAGUACAAUUUGAGUCUGGAGCUCAGCACGAAGACCCUGUGGGAUCACUUUGAUAUGCAGCUUACUCCUCGUCUGAUUUCCCGGGUGGAAUUUGCCGAAUGCGUAAAUCCGUUUACAUUCGUAUCACUGGUAGCUGUGGUGCCUUGUGGAAAGGAGCUCGGCGUCCAGGAGGUCUUCAAGCAGCUGGACUUUGGGCUCGUGCUCCGCUACCUUCUGCCCGUCUAUGUGGCAUUCGUGGUGGUGGAGAGCUUCAUCCGGCUGAUCAAAGCCCGAAUCCACAAUGAAACCCACCGAUUCAGUUACCUCGAUCCUGUGGCGAAUAUGCGGGCUGUAAGUGCUAUCCUGGGGAUGCCCUUCCCAGUCAGUCGCAGGUGGAACUCCUCCCUACGGCAGCUCUUCUUGGUGCUCAGCAUUUUCGGCUUCGUGUUGAGCAACUUUUUCGCCUGCAAGUUGAGUUCUCAUUUAACCAAACGUUCCCGGUGCCACGAAAUAAAAAAAUUGGAAGAAUUGCGUGACAGUGGACUUGACGUUAUGGUGGAACGUGGCAUUUGUCACUACGUCUUGACAGCAGUUCCCAAGACGGAGGCAGCACCUUUGUCGCUGCAUCACUUCUACUGGGUGUGGACUCUACUGUUUCUGGGAUAUGCAUUCGCCACUCUGGUUUUUUGCAUCGAACUGUGUUUAAAGAGGGAAUAA